AUGGGCAACCCAGUUGGUCCUGGCAUGUUCAAGGCGGCCUUGGCCGAUACGCCUCCGGAAGCUUUCAACUGGCGACUUGCUUUUAGUGUCAUCGGGUUUGGGCUUAUGCUGACCGAAAUUUCUAAGGGUGCCGCCCGAGGCUUAGAUGAAGGUCUCAUUGGGACUACUGUUACGCAAAUAAGCUUCAUCUCUGAGUACGGUUUAAAAGUUACACCGACCCAAAAUGCGACCCAGCUGGCCUCCAGAAUCGGGAACAUUACCUCUAUGGUUCAGAUAGGCAGUGUGGGCGGCGCGUUGAUUGCGUUCAUUGCAUGCGAUAAACUCGGACGCAUCUGGGCGACCAGACAACUUUGCGCCAUCUGGAUCGUAGGGGUCAUUAUUUUCGUCACUGCUAACGGGAGCUACGGGCAAGUUCUUACUGGGAGAUUCAUCAUGGGUCUGGGAAUCGGACAAACAACUGUUGUGGCGCCGGCAUAUCUCGCGGAAUCAGCGCCACGCUCCAUCAGAGGCCUCUGCAUCUGCAUCUUCAGCGGCUCCGUUUACCUCGGAAUCAUGUUGGGCUACUUCGCUAGCUGGGGAACUUCUCUCCACAUCUCGAACUACACCUCCAGGCAGUGGGUCGACGCCACUGUCCUGCACUUCAUUUUUGCAGGCAUCAUUUUGAUCAUGAGUCUUUUUGCAUUGGAGUCUCCACGUUGGUUGGCAAAAGUCGGACGAAGUGAGCAUGCAGCACUCAACAUGUCGAAGUUGCGAAAGCUUCCAGCCGACCAUCCAUAUGUUCGGGCCGAGUUGAUCGACAUCCACGAUCAGCUUGACCGUGAACAGGAAGCUACUCUCGGCGCAGGGUUCUUCGGACCUCUCAAAGAGCUCUUCGUGCUGAAAGCGAACAGGUACCGUAUCUUGCUCGGUCUUGCCUGUCAACUUCUCGGACAAUGGUCCGGUGCUCAAUCGAUUACGAUAUACGCUCCCACAUUCUUUGCUCUGCUAGGAACCACUGGCUCCUCUGAAAAACUGUUCGCGACUGCCAUCUUCGGCGUCGUCAAAUUCGUCUCAGCUCUCGUCUGCGCUUUCUUCCUGGUCGACUUCAUCGGGAGAAAACGAUCCCUUUCUACGGGUAUUAUCAUCCAAUUCGUAUCCAUGCUGUAUAUCGCCAUCUACCUGACAGCGGUCCCAAGUAUUAUAGACAAGACGGUCGUGCAAUCCGGCGCAGCUAAGCACGCCGGGACGGGCGCAAUUGUGUUCAUCUACUUCUCUGGCGUCGGCUGGGCCCUCGGCUGGAACUCAAUCCAGUACCUGAUCGGUGCCGAAAUCUUCCCCCUGCGCGUGCGAUCCCUGGGCACAUCCAUGAUCAUGACCUUCCACUUCGCGAACCAGUACGGCAACUCGAAGGCAGUCCCGCUGAUGCUCCUCGAAGGCGCGCCGGGACUAUCGCCAAAGGGCACCUUCUGGUUCUUCUCGGCGGUGACCUUGCUGGGACUAGGCUUCGUGUGGUUCUUCCUGCCGGAGACGGCAGGGAAGAGCUUGGAGAGCAUGGACGAGAUGUUCAACCUGCCGUGGCAUGUUAUCGGACGGAAGGGGGCCGCAAUGACGGCUGGGCAGGGAAGUGUCGCUGAGGCUUUGGCAUUAGGCCCCUCGGAAAAGGGGCGGCUGCAGAUACGGGCCGACGAGAGGCUGGCCAUGGACGCCGUGCAGGACAAGAGGGGUUGA